AUGACGGAAAAAUGCGACGAGAAAGAAACGACCAGCAUGGCAUUACCUAAGUACAAUCCAAACGCUAUGAAACCGGAAGACAUUUAUGACCUAAGUGACGUGGUUUCUGACGACUACCUUCUUUGCUUGCUUGACGAGGCAAACGAAGCCCUGAAAAACCUGCUGCAGAAGCAGAGCGUGCCGGAUCUUUUCCCAUACAUCACCAAUUUCAUGAAAAAAUUCGUCGAGAAAACUGAGGACCAUUCACGGAAACGAUGUAUGUUAGUGUACCUGAAUUACCUGAUCCGUUUUUCGUCAUUCAUCGUCAACCGAAAGCGUGUGGAAGUGAGCCAGUUCGAAGGGUCACACAUUCCAGAAGAACUACGCUACAAAUUAAUCGAGAGAUACACGGUUGCAGCCAAAGGUCGACGGCUCAUUUCCAGUAUGUUACGCGACUCGCUCAUUUCGCAUAUCGUUCUGUUCAUGUUGUUCUUCUCCGACUUCAAAAUCAGCAUGAACGAAUUUGUAAAGGAUGCUCAAAUAGGCGAAAAGAGACUGAAGACCAUAGCUCGUCUGUUAGGUUGUAAGGUGACUACUGAGAAGGGUCACGGAAUUUCCAGCUUAACCUUAAAACAGCCACCCUCUACCAAGCACGUAUUUACUGCGAGAGGAAGAAAAUCGUUUAGGUAGUG